AUGUCCGAUGGCAAUUACAUUGAGGGGAGCUGGUUCUUCUACGCUCCAAACAAGGGCGCCGCCGUGUUCUUCACUGUAGCCUUUGCAUCCUCCGCCUUGGUUCACUGCUGGCAGUGCUACCGUUACAGAUCAUACAUGCUCAUGAUUCUCAUCCUGGCCUGUUCCAUCGUGUUAACGGCCGGCUUUGCAGUCAGAAUAUAUUGUGCAAUUGACUACCAAAAUAUCCGUACUUUCAUUGCCACCACCUUCCUGGUAUACUCGGCACCCCCAGUCCUCGAGCUGGCAAACUACCACAUCCUCGGCCGCAUCCUCUCCUUCGUCCCCUACUGCUCCCCCCUCCACCCGGGCCGCGUCUUCACAACCUUCGCUAUUCUCUCUUGCAUAGUCGAGGUCCUAAACGCUCUAGGCGUCACGUACAGCUCCAUCUCCGCCCUCCCACCCACCACAAUCCGCACCGGCCAAGCCCUCCUCAAGGCCUCGCUGGUACUGCAGCUCGUCGUCGCGCUCCUCUUCGCCGUCCUUGCGGUCUCCUUCCACCGCCGGUGCCUCUCGCGCGGCGUCCGCGACCGCAGGGUCGUGGGCCCCCUGGUGACGCUGUACGUCUCCACCGCGCUCAUCACGGUGCGCACCGUGUACCGCGUCGUCGAGUACUGGGCCGCCGCGACCGUGUCGGGCAGCCCGAGCCCCGUCGUCCGGCACGAGUGGUUCUUCCUCGUGUUUGAGGCCUCCGUCGUGCUGCUGGAUUGCGUCCUGUUUAAUGUGUUUCAUCCCCGUAGAUUCCUGCCUCGGAAUAGCAAGACGUUCCUCGCUCUCGAUGGCGUCUCGGAGGUGGAGGGCCCUGGGUGGAGUGAUAGCCGCCCGUGGAUGGUGACGCUCUGUGAUCCGUUUGAUGUUAUGGGCGCUAUUCGCCCGGCGGGGAAGUCGGGCGAGAGGUUUUGGGAGACGGAUGGCGUAGAGAGUGUGCUUAGUGGCUCGAAACAGGUUGUGGAAAGGGAGAGUUAA